CAAACACCAAAAGUACUCCCUUUGCCAACACCACAAUUCCAAGUCUUUUGUUUUCAAUUCUCGGGAAGGAAUCGUUAAAUAGCAAGCCUGGCCAAUUACUGCAAUAUCUCGUAAAUUUGUCAAAAAGGCACGAAAGGGUUGAAUAGAAACAGACGGAGUCGCGCCCUAAACUCCUCGGGUUUGCCUUUGGAAUCGUCGGUGGUUCUGCAGCAGCGAGUCACAGACGUUUCUUCCUCCUUUUCUUCACCUUUUUUUUGUUUUUUCCACCGAAACAAACUCAACUUUUUACUGCUUUUCUUGUUCUCUCUCUCUCUACUCUACGGCUCUGCAGACUGCAGUGGAAGAAGAGGAGAAGAAUCAAGGGCGUCGGCGUUGGGGAGAAGGAAGAUGACGUCGGAGGACUGGCAAAAGGGAGAAGAGAAGGAGGAGAGGGAGCUGGACCUGGUGGUCCCUCUGAUGAGGCAGUCGUCCAUCUACUCGCUGACGCUGGACGAGAUCCAGAACAAGGUGUGCGAGCCCGGCCAGACCUUCGGAUCCAUGAACAUGGACGAGUUCCUCGCCAACAUCUGGAACGUCGAGGAGGGCCAGAUCGCCAACGCCGCCGGAUCGGAGGCGCAGCCCAACGGCGGAGGGGUGCCGCCGCCGCCGCAGCGGCAGGGGUCGAUCACCAUCCCGUUGCCGCUGUGCAGGAAGACGGUGGACGAGGUGUGGGCGGAGAUCCACCGGUGCCGGAACAUCGACCGGCCGCAGCAGCACGAGAGCAACUGCGCCGCCCCUCGCCAGCCCACCCUCGGGGAGAUGACGCUCGAGGACUUCCUUAUCAAGGCCGGGGUCGUGAGGGAGGGAUACGAUCCACCUCCUCCGCCUCCUGUGCCGCUGUACGGGGUGCCGGCGGGGUACCAGGUGGUGGGGCUGGAGGGGGAGCCGGUGAACGGGCAGGUGGUAGGGGUGCAGGGGUACGGGGACCACCAGGUCGCGGGCAAUGGAAUGUACGAGGUCGUCGCCGAUGGUGGGCGAGGAUACGCGGUGAAGAACGGGUUCGGGGGAAGGGUAAGGAAUGGGUACGGGGGCACGACGGGGGCGGGGGGGUCGCCGGCGAGCCCGGGGUCGGAGGAGUGGGUGGUGGGAGGACAGGUGGACAAGUCGGGGAGGGCGGAGGGAGGCGGAGGGGGUAACAGAGGGAGGAAGAGGGCGCUGGAAAAGGUGGUGGAGCGGCGGCAGCGGAGGAUGAUCAAGAACCGCGAGUCGGCGGCCAGGUCGCGCGCCCGAAAGCAGGCAUACACAGUGGAGCUGGAGGCACAACUGAAGCAGCUCAAAGAAGAGAAUGCCCGACUGAAAGGAGAGGAGAGGAAAGUGCUGGCAUUGAAGCAGCAAUUGCUGAUGGAGUCUAUGGCCGAACGUGCAAGGGUGAAUGCCCAGAAGACUGUCCUCACGCUGAGGCGCUGCAACAGUAGCCCAUGGUAAUGGGAUCGCUAGCAAGUAGCAACUAACUCUCAGCUUCCAUGAGUCAUAUAGGAGCAGUCCGUCAUUCUGUUUUAGCUCUGUUCUGAAAAGCAGGCACUGGGAGCGAACCCACCCUAUGCGCUGAGUGGCUCCUUGGCAUGAUUGCCUCUUUUUUUUUUUUUCUGGUGUCAAUGCGUGCUUUUGUUAGAACCGCGAGCAGUAGCUGCUCUUAUACAUGAUGAAUUUGGUUUGGGUGCUUUCUUGUACAAAGAUCUGCGGGGAAAACAAUGAAUAAAGUAGUGCCAACAUGUUGUUUUCUUUGUGCAUUUGUGAGUAAUA